AUGGAGGCGGGCUGCUCCAAGAUGAGCGCCGGCGCGGUGACCGUCCUCCUUGACGAUCCCCUGGUGGAGAUCCUCUCCCGCGUCCCUGCCAAGUCCGUCUGUCGCUUCAAGUGCGUCUCCAAGGCCUGGUGCGACCUCAUCGCCGACCCUGACAACCGUAAGAAGCUCCGCCAACCCAUGCAAGGACUGUUCGUCCAGACGUUCGAGGUCUCUGACUCCGAGGUUGACAAUGGCCGUAUCAGUUUCACCGACCUCACAGUGAGAUCCGUGCCUCUGGACAUCGACACUUGCUUCUCCUUCCUGACUGAAAUGACUGGGAUCGCGGCCUUCUUGUUGCAUUCCUGCAACGGGCUUAUCCUUUUCAGGCAGCAUCAGGAGUCGUCUAAAGGCUACAUCAUGUGCAACCCGACCACAAGGCAAUGGUCAGCCGUGCCUGCUUGUGGCUCUUGUGAAGGAAUAAUCCACACCUAUUUCGCUUUUGAUCCGGCCGUAUCCUCUCACUUUCACUUGGUCCAGUUCCAGAUGCCUGAUGUGCAUUUCCCGAUGCCUUAUAUGCACGAGGAUGUAGUGUUGUUGCAUGUUUACUCGUCUGAAACUGGGACCUGGAGUCAAAACCAAAUUGAUGAACAAAAAGAGCAAGGACAAUUGGAAGGGUGGCAUCAUCAGUCUACACUAGAUGCUGUCUAUCAGUGCGCCCUUGUUAAUAGCUUCCUACAUUUGAUAGUUUGGGGCUCAGAUGGAAAGCACAUACUUGCUGUAGAUGUACAAGGGGAGGCAAGAAGGAUGAUCACUAUGCCAGGUAUGGCUGAUGAGAGCCAAAGGCACAGCAUUACAUGUUAUUUAGGUCAGUCCCAAGGGCACCUACAUUGCGUGACUAUAGAUUCUGCUGAUAAAAAUAACGACAAACUAUCCACAUGGGUUCUUCAGGAUUAUGAUACACAGGAAUGGGUGUUGAAGAGCACUGUGAACUCUUUGGAUGUCUUUGGAGAAACAAGAGUCACUCCAGAGUAUCAAGUGGUAGACAUUCAUCAAGAUUGUAAUGUGCUUUUCUUUUUUUCAGCAGUGAGCUGA